UCUCUGCCAUUUUGUUUUAGAGGAAAACGUGGUCCUUGUUUUGUUUAUUUUUUGUUAGGAGAGAAAAAGGAAAAAGCAGUAGCAGCAGCAGAAGAUGCAGUGGAGGAGGCGCAGAGUGGUGGUGGUGCUGCAGAAGUUGCUAACGUGCGCCAUAUGUGUAAUAGCGUUGAUGGGACUGCUUUCCGUUCGCGUACACGUGUUUCCUUCUACUAAAGUCUCCGACUUGAGUGAUCCUUACAAGCUCCCUACCGUCACCCAACAGCAUGAGCUCAAUUUCCAGAAGUUCAGCACAGAGAAAAAAUGGACGCAGGAGCUCACUCCGCCUCAUUUAUCGAAAGAGCAGACUUUGCAGCAUCUUUUCAAAGAUCCACUUUCAUCUCACAAGUUGGAUGGUGCCAAUGGAAAUCUGGAUUUUGAGAAGUUGUGGAAGCCUCCUUCAAGUCGCGAUUUCGUGCCCUGCAUACAGCCUAGUUCUAAUUACACGGCCCCUAAUGAGUCAAGAGGAUACCUUCUAGUUCAUACAAAUGGUGGGCUCAACCAAAUGCGAGCUGGGAUAUGUGACAUGGUUGCUGUAGCCCGUAUAAUAAAUGCCACGCUUGUGGUUCCAGAACUUGAUAAACGAUCAUUUUGGCAGGAUACUAGCAAUUUCUCUGAUGUUUUUGAUGAGGACCAUUUUAUCCAUGCUCUGGCUAAUGAUGUUAAAAUCAUAAAAAAGCUUCCUAAGGAUAUGUCUUCUGCUACGAAAGUAGUUAUGCAUUUUAGAAGCUGGUCUGGUUUGGAGUACUACCAAGACGAGAUAGCUAGUCUGUGGGAAGAAUAUCAGGUUAUUCGAGCUGCUAAAUCUGAUUCACGCCUAGCAAAUAAUCAUCUGCCUCCUGACAUACAGACGCUUCGUUGUCGUGCUUGCUAUGAAGCUCUUCGUUUUUCCCCCAAAAUUGAAGCAAUGGGGAAAUUGUUGGUAGAUCGAAUGAGAUCUUAUGGUCCUUUCAUUGCAUUGCAUUUACGAUAUGAAAAGGACGUGCUUGCCUUUAGUGGGUGCACACAUGGUUUAUCUGAUGUUGAAACUGAAGAGCUAAGGACAAUCAGAGAAAGCACCACCUAUUGGAAAAUCAAGGACAUUAACGCAACGGAACAGAGAUCCAAAGGAUAUUGCCCCUUAACCCCAAAAGAGGUUGGGAUUUUUCUGACUGGUCUAGGAUACCCGUCAAACACUCCUAUAUAUAUUGCUGCUGGAGAGAUAUAUGUGGGUGACACUCAUAUGGCUGAUCUACGGUCUCGCUAUCCCAUUUUAAUGAGCAAGGAAAAAUUGGCUUCGGUUGAGGAGCUCGAACCAUUCAGCAACCAUUCAUCUCAAAUGGCUGCACUUGAUUACAUUGUAUCUGUGGAAAGUGAUGUUUUCAUUCCAUCAUACUCUGGAAACAUGGCGAGAGCAGUUGAAGGGCAUCGACGUUUUCUGGGACAUAGGAAAACUAUUUCUCCCGACAGGAAAGCAUUAGUCCGCCUUUUUGACAAAAUUGAGAUAGGGUUAUUGCAGGAAGGGAGAAAGGUCUCCAACAGGAUCAGUGAAAUGCACAAAAAACUACAAGGUUCACCAAGGAGGAGGAGAGGUCCUGUAUCAGGAACGAAGGGAACAUAUAGGUUCCGUUCAGAAGAAGCGUUUUAUGUAAAUCCGUUACCGGAUUGUUUGUGCAAAAGGGUAGCGCGCAACGCAAAUGCAUCUCUCAAAAUGAGAUGAUAGAUGAGAUGCCGCGGAUGAAAAAAAUGGUUUUUUGUUGAAGAUCCCCUAUGUAGUGUGGUGUAUUGGCGCCAGGCUUAUUGAUAAUGUUAAUGAUCAUAUCCAUAAAUUGAAUUAUGUCUAGUGCUUGCUUUGGGGCGGACACUACAAGAAUGGGGACGCGGGGAAUGUGUAUAUAUCGAGUUGUAGGAAAUUGGUCCAAAUCCAAUAUAUGAACAUUAGAUGGGGAUAAUUUUCAAAAAAGAAAACAUUAGAAGGGGAUAGAAGGUAAAAAGGGUACUCACAUGCUCUUGCGAUGUUUGUGCGCUUUAUAUUUGGA